GCCAAGCCAUCAGUUUCAUCAGAUUAGAGAAAAUAUCGCUCGCGAAUGGACCUGCUAAAGGCCGUUUAUGAAAAGUUUCGUUAGGUGAAGAAAUCGAUGAAAAAUGGUCAAUAGUGUCCUAUUUCGAUGGCAAAAUUGAUGAAAAGUGUACCGCUGCCUCCAGUGAUAUCGCGUUUUCCGAGAAAAGGUGUUUAAUUGGUGAAAAAGGAUUAGUUCCGCAAUUGUGCGAAACAAGCAAGAUCGCAGACAAGUUGGACGAUAAUUUUGUGUCGUGGUGAAGUGCGUGUUUUCAAAAAAAAAAAAAAAAAAAAACAACACGAGCAUAAAGUAAGCUUUGUAAACCCUAACGACAACGAUAGGCAAAAUGAGCGAGGAUCCAAAAGUGAAAAUUCAGGUGUUUCGACCAACUUGGGAGGAGUUCAAAAAUUUUCCCAAAUACAUCGAGUAUAUCGAGUCUCAGGGAGCACACCGGGCUGGCCUGGCGAAGAUCAUCCCACCACCAGAAUGGAAACCCCGGAAGGCCGGUUACGAUUUAGACGGCCUGAACUUGACUAUACCGGCGCCGAUUUGUCAGGUAGUUGCGGGCAAACAGGGUCUCUACCAGCAGAUCAACAUUCAAAAGAACCCACUCACGGUUAAACAGUUUGCGGAGUUGGCCAAUACGGAAAGAUAUGCUACCCCGAAACAUUUUGAUUUUGAAGACUUGGAACGCAAAUACUGGAAAAACAUAACCUAUGUGGCUCCGAUUUACGGUGCUGAUGUCUGUGGCAGUAUUACCGAUACCGACUGCAAUAUCUGGAAUAUCAAUCAUCUGGGAACGAUACUUGACUACGUAAACCAGGACUAUGGGAUUUCGAUCGACGGUGUCAACACCGCCUAUCUGUACUUUGGUAUGUGGAAAACCACCUUUGCAUGGCAUACCGAGGACAUGGACCUGUACUCGAUCAACUACUUGCAUUUCGGUGCUCCGAAAACGUGGUAUGCCGUGCCACCGGAACAUGGCCGCCGGUUGGAAAAGUUAGCCAACAGUUGCUUCCCGGCAAGCUUUCAGACGUGUUCGGCUUAUCUACGCCACAAGAUGACCUUGAUAAGCCCCCAGAUUCUCAAGCAGCAUAACAUCCCCUUCGACAAGAUAACACAGGAAGAAAAUGAAAUAAUGAUCACAUUUCCGUUCGGAUAUCAUGCUGGCUUUAACCAUGGAUUCAACUGCGCGGAAUCAACAAAUUUUGCACUUGAACGAUGGAUUGAAUAUGGCAAACGGGCUACGCAGUGCUACUGCAGCUCUGAUAUGGUGAAAAUUUCGAUGGAUACAUUUGUACAGCGCUUUCAACCGGAUAAGUAUGAAGCAUGGAUAAACGGAACAGACUUUGGACCACAUCCAGAAGAUCCAACGCACAUAGUUGGGCCACCGCCCCGUUUUGCCGAUAACGAGAAAGACGAGGGCAUCGAAUCAUUGACGGAAGAAGGCGAACACACGCCAAUGAAGAAGGCUUGUAAUAUGACGGCAAAUAAUAUUCGGAAAAUGUCUUUUAAGGAGAAAAACCCGGAUCUUGAUUUGAAUGAUAUCCAGAAUAAUCCACAUAUUCCAGAUGAUGUUAAAAUGGUUCUUAGUGGAGCACUCACGAUGACGGUUGGCGAUGACGCGGAAGAUGAAUUCAAUGAAGAAGAGGGUAAGUCACCGCACAAAUCCGAUUCAACUUCGGACAGCUUCAAGUCAUCUUCCUAUGAUCCAUUCGAUUCGGAUGACGAUGAAGAGGAGUUAAACUCAAAAAGCAAGAAGCGAAAGAAGAAGAAACGGGGCGGUAGCGAUUACGACGAUGACUGGUCUUUAUCUCAAGGAAGAUCGCGGAAAUCUACGUCACCCAGGAAAAGACUUUCACGAGAACAGCGCGAAGCAAAAGCCGACCGAGAAAACAAACGCAUGGAACGACGAGCUAAGAUAGAAGAGAAACGGAAACAGCGCGAAGAAGAAAAGAAGGUUCGUGAGUUAGAACGUGAACGAAAACGGGAAGAACAAAAGGAGAAAAGAGAUCGUGAGCGUCAAGAAAAGAAGGAGCAACGAUUGUCCGAAUCGAAACAGAAGGCAUUGGAUCGGAUCAAAGACCGCGUGAACAAAGAAAAACGUUCACCGAAAAAGGCGGCCAAUGGAAGCACGCCGCGGAUGAGAAAGAUCAAGAACCAGUUAUUGAAGGAGCUUCCAGCGCCUCUGAAAAUUCUGGAACAUCACAAAAAGUUCGAAGGUAAGAUUCCACAUCUAAAGAAGUCCGGUGCCGAGGAUGUCAAUGGCAAUGGUGAAGUUAUUGGGGAAGGCAGCGGUUGUAUCAAGAGUGAACUCCCCUCAGUGACAUCAAUUGGUAAACUCACUUUGCCGUUACCGGCAUCUACUACAAUGACUGUGAUAGAGAAGCCGGGCGAUGGUGUGAAACGCGAAUUAGAUGAUGGCAAUCAAAUUCCGCAAUCAACCACGCUGACGUUGGCCGACAGUAGUUUGGCAAAAAAAAUCAGCAGUAUUCCUCAUCUUGUGGUGAAACAAAUCGAUGCGAGUGAGGUGAAGAGUCACCCAUUAUACAGUUCACGUGCAACAACGGUGCCAUUCCAGUCAUGUACUACAGAGCCAAACAGACCUGCAGAACAGAAGCUCCCUCAUCGACCGUCAGAAUACGUUCCGCCUCCUGUCAAACUUCCUAAACCUCCCACACCGAUUAAACAGCGGAUGGACUACAUGAGUGCUUUCAAUGCCUUCAUUGAAACAACUACUAGUAAAGUACAACCGUCAAUGCAGGUAUUUUGCAAAAAACCUCUCAGUAGAAUUGGCCGACCUAUCAAAUCAGGCUUAGUCCAAGGAGAUGACCUGCGCUUAAAACCGACUUUGAAACCAUCACAAAUACAAUCCGUUGUAGAUAAUCCGAUGACGAACAACUGUCGGACCAUUGAGACAUCUGCGGGCAGCAUUCAAAUCGUAAUCCGUCAACCACCUCCCCUAGCGCAACUAUCGACCGGUGAUUCUGCCCACAUGCAGCAGGCAGCGCCAGUUGAGACUCCACCCAACAAUGUAUUGAAUGUUCAGCAACAGCCCCCGGAAUGUUUGCUACAGCAACUGGAAGAACCACAAAAAGUUCAACUCGAUCCACCGUCGACAUUACAGUCGCCAGAAGAAGAACAGUUUCGAUACUUUGAUGUUGCGGGGAAUGAAAUCCCGAGUCCCUAUCAGCAGUCGGUAAUUUUCGAGAAACCCAUCAUAAAAAGUACGCUCCCGCUUCCCACAGAAAGUGAAAUCGCUGCGAUGCUGCUCGCCAACGGUAAUAACCAUCACCACCAAGUGCAACCUGCUGUCAUUAACACCGGCACCGGCUUCGGAUGGCCAACUAGUAAUAAUCAGAACGGUUUUCUGAGUGGACGAAUAGUAGAAUUUAACCAUUAGUAUUUUAGUGACGUGUGUCCUCUUUCUAUCUAUUGUUUCAUUUUAUUUGUGUACCUCCCAUCUUUGCAUUGCAAGCCCGUGAAAUCCCACCACUCAUCGUGCGUUUGAUGAUCCUAAACUAUUGAAGCGUGUGUACUGUUUGCAGCGCCGUUUUAUUUUUUCUAAAUUUUAAGUAGAAACCACACUUUACGAGUUUUUUUUUCUUCAGUUCAUGUGUUUGACUUAAUAUAUAUAUUUAGUUUUCUUUCGAUGAAAGAAUUUAUAUAAUCGUGAUUAAAAUGACUGAGAAUGAUGUGUAAAUUAUGAUGCGAAAGCGUAUUGAUCAGCGUAUAUCUGAUAGCUACGGGAACGUGUCCCAGAGAACUUGUGAAAUAGUAUUGCUUCUGUCUUGUUUUACUAUAAAACGUAUUAUGUCAAUAUGAUUCUACGUUUAUUAUUGUUUGUAUUAUUUGAGAAAUUUCCUUUUAUUGUCCUUAUUUCAUUUUUUUCAUGGAUUUAUUACGUUUGCUCGUCAUAUAAUUUUUUGCGUGUCGUCUUUUUCACUUUCAUAAAUUUCUUGGAUUUUUACUAAUUUUCUGUAGCUAGCUUGUGUGUCUUAUUGGUUGUUUUCAAAAUAUCAUUUAAAAGCAGUCUAAGCACAAUCAAUGGGUUAUAUUCCAUUUCAAUUGUUAUAUUGUGUUGUUCCGCGUCACGCUACCGUUCUACGCAUAAUUGUCACGUGUUCAAUGGAAUAUCCUGUACGCAUGGAAGAUUUGUAGUUGAAACGGCAACACAGCGGAUUACUUGUCCAAAUAAAUGCAUAUUGUCGCCGCCCCGAAAAGGGACAAUUGAAAAGUUUUAUUUGACCAGCUUGGGGGCAUGGUGUUAUUGGUCGUAGCCAUCAUGCCGGGUCAGCAUGAGCUUCUAAGAAUCGUAUAAAUUGGUCGACUCAAUCGGAUUCCGAUGACCCGUUCCGUAUAUAGAGUAAAUCGUGUUCCAAGGUACCCGGCUCAUCGACCAGCCCCGCCUGAAUGCAAUGCUUGUAUCGAAUUGAUUCAAACAUCUCAGAAAGAUUUUUUAUCUUUGCGUAUGGCAAGUAAUCGACGCGCAUUAGGUUUAUAUUUUUUAGUCUCAUUUAUAUCAAUAACAUUCUUGGAUCUUACCAAUACUCCACUAUGCAUCCAAUGUCUUAUUUUUUAGCAAUCGUAUCCAAAUCUAUACUUUUCAUGACCAGCCAAUCAUAACUUUUGAACACAGUAUAGUGUGGAUAUCAUUCUGAUAAGGAACAGAAAAAAAUUUUCAUACAGAUAUUUUUACUCACUGGACGCAUUUGGUAAUAUAUUUGGACAUUAAAGAGAAAAUGUCUGUUGGAACUUGCUUAUAGGCGGUUUUCGUUAAAAAAAAUCUGCUCGGGCUUAUGAUUAAAACGGUAAAAAACAUUUCUGCAAUAUUUUGGAAAACCGAUAAAAACCCUACAUACAGACUAAAACGGUAUUGCUAAUCAAUUUUCAUCCUCUCAUUCUCCUAACGCAGAAGGCGAUACUAACCAGUGACUCGAAAGACGUAUAACCACGAGGGUGCAAACCGAAGUAAAUAAUUAAUCAAAAACAAAACCAAAAAAACAUUGCUUAUUUUAUGUUUUGUUUCGAUCAUAGGGUCUGAACGGUUUGGGUCAUUUGCCUCUUGGAUCAGAACAACUCUCCAUCUAAUUUUGAUUUGUGACCCAUGAGUUUAGAAUUGUGAUAAAAUCCAUUUUUAUUAAAAUAUAUUCAAAUUGCUAGCUUCUUCUGAAGUUAAUAGUAAUAAUAUUUGUAAGCUACUUCAUAAAGUAUGUAUUUAUCCAGCUUGGGAAACAUUUCGAGGUUUUGAUACAUACACUCAUCAAAAUUGUUUUUAGAUGUGAACUGAGUUGAUUUAGAUCGCCUGUAAUUGCACUUCACGAAUGAUUAAAAAUUCACUGAGAACCAAGACAUGAUGCAACGCAUUUUACAUUGAAUCAUCUAUAACGACACCGGUCACGACCAAAGGCUGCAUCCGUUGAAACUAAAUUAUUAGUAUAUUGCAAAUCUUUUACAAUUACACUGAAUAUUUUCGGAGUAACAUCAUCGUCAAAAAGAAGUGAUCAACUGCUGUCAUGAUUCCGACUGUUCUGAUUAUCUGUAAUUAAAAAAAACUCAAUUCACCUUGAGGUGUAAUAAUGCCUUUCUCUUGUCAUUCAAACAGUCUUAUUAUAACAUAUUUUUUUCGUUUAGAUAAUUUUUGAUUCGGUUAGUUCACAACAGUCGCUUACGUUGUAUAUCAGACAACAUUUUUGAAAUCAAAAGUAUCGGUAAAAAUAUAUUGGAAAUUGAACAUUGUUCAAUGAACAUUAGAAAAGGUCACAAGUGCAAAUGAAAGUUCUCUUGGUUUACUUUCUCUUUCAAUUAUUUCGACUAAUUCCAGUAAUUUCCAACAAAUUCUAUAGUACAUAUCGAAAAUUGAUGGUUUUUGCUAAUAAUAAGUGUGUUAGAUCGAAGGAUUGCUGAAUAAUCCGUAAUACUCGAAAGAGAAAGCAAACAAAGAGAAACUGUCAUUUGCACUUGAAACAUUUUCUAAUGUCAUUGGUUACUGUCUGAAAAACGUGUGGAUUGAAAAAAUAUCGCGAUUCGUCGGUUACUUCACUUAUAUCAUUAUAUCUCCGGUACCGGAAGUGACAGCCACUUAAUCUUCGAACUUGUUUCACAACCCACGAAUGGCUUUCAAACGAGUCUAAGCUUGUUAAAAUUGGUUCAACCAUCGCCGAAAAAAUUGAGCGGAGAGAAAAAUUUGCACACACAGGCGUUUUCUCCGGAGUUCCGAUCAAGAUCGGAUUCCCCAGAAGUUCUAUAACCUUCAUGAAGAGAAAGGCAAAUACCAUGCGCCAUUUUAUUCGCAACAUUUGGGAAAAUGUCUGACUGACCUAAAAGAAAUAAAAAAUAAUUCUUUCAAAAGCUUUUGAGAAAAAAAUCAAUUUUUCACAUUUGUUGGGGUUUAGAUAAAUGGUAGAAGGAACUAACGAAGCAAUAUUAAUACUUUUAGUUCAACUUGAAGUUAUAUAUGCGCUAAAGAUUCCGUGUAAAUUUGUGCAGAAACACUUAAGUAGUUUCCGAAAUACUACCUUCAUCAAAAAGUUCCUGAAUCAUCACCGUCUGGCGCUCUCAGCAUCCGAUUACACUUUUUUUAGAUUGCUACAUAUGUCAUCGAUAUUCUAUCAAGUUUUCAGUUUGAUACCUGGACAUUUGUAAAAGUUACACUGUAUUGAGUACUGCGAUUGUGCGUGUCCUCGAUUUUAUACAAAUUUCAAAAUGGAAUUGAUUUUGCAACAACGAGUUUGCAUUGUAUUUUGCGUUAAAAACGGUUUCAAUUGUACGACGACAUUGCAAAUGUUAGAAAUUUUGGGAUUUUUUUUUAUGUCGUAGUAUCAUGGUAGUAGCUGAAAAAAAGUUCUUUAAGUUAAAACGCGCGUCUAAAAGUUGACCAAGUAUGUACACUCAGUACAUACGUCAUUUCUAAUGAGUACACCGUGAUUGUAUAUGUAAAAUAUGAUUCAAUUGAUAUCCAUAUGCAAAACAUUUUUUAACUGAUCCGUGAAAUACUCUAAAUUAGGAAAAUGUCGAACUUUUUCUCAUUUAUAUAUUCAAUAAGGCUCCGGAUCAUAAAAUUUAACAGAGCUGGUUUAGACUUUUUUUUAUGUAUAAUCGAAAUCACUGGGGUAUUUUUUGUGUAAUUCCAUCUUUUUUAGAGAAGAUGAAGUCUCUUGGCCACCCAGCGAGGCUUGGAAGGCUCUUGGUUUACUAAUUCCACUUUUGUCCAUUAUUAUUGUUGUUGAAAGUAUUUUUGGUUUUGGUUUUGGUUUCGUUUCUGUUAUAUUGGUAAUCAUUGCAUAGGUUGGAGUAUUUUAUUUUUUGUAAAUUUCUUGGAAUAUGUCCUUUUCAAAUGCAUAAUCAAUACAAUCAAUACAAUACAUUCUGUGCGCCAGGGAAAACAUCCUCUACAUUUCCAUCUCGAUGGAAUGAACUAAACCGCCAUUUGUUUUUAAAUAUAGCAAUCUUUUUAGCACGGGGUAAAAUCAUGCACACGAAUAUCAAUGGUAUCAUUCUUGACAUACACGGACAUGUUGUAUAUGAAAUUGCUAUGCUGAGUGGUGAGUUUUGAUGCUUUAAUUUGAACUGUAUGUAUAAUGUGCUAUCAGAUUUGUUCAAAUGCAGCUCUCGUACCUUGUUUGUGUUGUGGUGAAGCCAAUAUCUUUUUAUUCUUUUGGUUUUAUAGUUACAGAUAGGGAAAACAGAGAGCAAUUGCAAUUUACUGAAGCAGCCUUCUAAAAAUUUUUUGAAAAAUUCUGCACCGGGGAAUUUCUUUGAACAACAAAAAUUUAAGAAAUAUGGGGAAGUUGGGUAGUAUGAUUCUAAACAUAACAAUUCUUUUAAUAAGGCAAACAGCCUUAGCUCUAGGAUGCCGAGGGUAUAUGUAAAGUUUAUUAUCCACUCUACUUCUUUUGAUUUGUAAAACAAAACAUAUUAACAUAUAAAUAUUGUCCUAAUAUUACGAACCAUUUGUCUGUAUGGAUUCAUGGAUAAAUAACGCAAACUAUCGACUGCAACCAUAUUAAAAUUUUGCAUCAAGAUUUUAUUAAGUAAUUAAUUAAUCGUGCAGUAAAAGUAUUCGUAGGGGUAUUACCUUCACAGUUGUUAUGAUUCAUUUUUCAACUUUACUGUCGUUUAAUCGGAUUUUUGUUUAUAUGCUUACUUUCAAUGUUGUUGUCGAUUAGUGAAAUCGAGGCAUGGCUGUUUUUGUUUGUUUUUUUUUUUAUUCCGAAAAAUUCUACCUAGUUUCAUGAUCUAUUUUUGAUUUGUCGACACUCAGUGAACAGCUCCGAUUGAUACCUGGCCUAUACCGAUCUGGUUUGGUUGAAGUCAGGUUUAAUAUGAUUGAGAUUCAAAAAGUAUUUCCUCUUUCCUGUCCGGGUGGUUCUGCUUCGUGCGCACGCGCGUUUUUCUCAUUUCGCGUGUCGUUUGCUGCGUUUCACCUUUUUUAUUUGUAGACGCACUGUCCUGACCAAGAAGAAGAGGCCGCCCUCCUGGAAGUAGGUGUUGUCGAAAGGAUCUGAGUGGCGUGAGAAGUGGCCGUGGUAGGAAACUGGCGUAGAUGUCACGGUUUAUCUAGCUCUAUAAUGAAGUAGCUUUUACACCGUUCAACGGAUUUGAAUGGUAACAGAGUACUUUACAGUUUAGGAGUCAUUCUAUUCUAUGCAGUUAUUAGGAAAAAAACAUGGUCAUUAUCAACCAUCACCAUCAAGGUAAAACCAUGAAAUCAUAAAAUGAGCAACGAGGAAAAACUUACGCAGAGACUCGAGCGAUGUUAAGGAUUCAGGAGAGUGGAAUCUAUAUGAUGAUGAUAAUAUCAGGUGAAUCAGACAUUCUACAUCUUAGUAAUUAUAAGUGUAUACACAAAAAAAAACAAUUUACACAUGCCAUCUAAUAUGUAAAAGUGACGGAUGAUGAAAAAAAUUAGUUAAGUAAUAUCUGUAUAUAUUAGUGUUUGAAUAUUAUUCUUCUGAAUUUUUAAUUACGUCACUUUUGCUUAUAGUUGAGUUGAGUUCAGUUGAAUGGUGUAUAAUCCUCUUACAAUCGAAUAUCUCAAAUCAAUAUUAAGUUAAUAUUACCACUGAAAAUGAGCAGGAUAUUUGAAAUAAACUGUUCUACAAGGCGGGUUUGGAGUUACAUAAAAAACAAAUUCUAACGCGUACAUUGAAUUGAGAAACAAUAAUUUUAUGUAGACAGGCCUAGAAUAAUUUAUUUAUGUUUUAUUCGUUACUUGAUUAAUAGCAUUAUUUUUUUAUUGCGAAGCAACAUACAACAUUGAUAUUGUUUCUACUAAUGAUUUGAAACAAAAACAAAACAACUUCAAGAAAUAUUGCAUAAACCUAUGACUUCAAGAAGGAAUGUUGCCAUUUAGGUCUCGCUAGUAAGUAACAUCGAUCUUUUAAUCAUUGUUUGUUCAGAAUUCCGGUGCAUGAUUGGAGUUUAAAUUACUAAGCACUAGAUUGUAGUUAUUAAAAAGUUGAAGUAUCCUGAAACGUUAUGAACAAGUGAAAAAUGAUGUGAAUAAAAAGAUAAGUAGUGAUCGUGAA